AUGCCUUCCGCAGUCUUCCGCAGUUGCCAGAGGGACUCUCAGCGAAGCGGCCGAAUCGCGCCGUGCGGCUUCGCACGCGACCGACCAGCUGCAGGCUCAAGUUCCGUCUCUGCCCGUACGACCGCGACCUUCACAUCACGUGUGGCGUCCAAGCCCAUCUCGCGCGUUCCCAGCCACGACCCCGGCUCGACUGGACAUUGGAACACUUGGCCAGCCAGCCCCUCGACGCCGAAGCCUUCCAUCCCACGCCCUCGACGACCACACUCCGCGUCUGGUCUCGGAUCAAGACGACGGGCCUUUGUGCCCUCCCCUUUCCGCCCCCCCCCCCCCCACUUCAAAACUCGGCAUAAUCAGACAAGAUGUAAGAUCUCUAGACCGUACUGGCUCUACACCCAGAGGCUCACCUCGCCUUCGUUUCCUCUCCUACAGGGUCGCGCACCUCUCGUCCAAGCUUUCGCAUCUCGCGCAGUCGUUCCGACCCCAGCACCACUUCAACACCUUGCGUAACGCGUUCCCUUCCUCCGCUUCGGCCCAUGGGGGUUCGACGACCGGCUUCUUCGACCCGGCCAAUGUGUUCCAACAGGCCGCGAACAAUACUUUGGGAGCCGCGACGGGCCAGGCUGCGGGCGCUGGAGCGGGCUCGUCGGCGGGAGGCGCUGGAGGGGCCAAGUGGCACGCCGGUAGGAACGCUUACAACUGGGGCUCAUCGGUGAGCAAAAAAAACAACAACAACGCCACUUUACUCGAGCGGCAAGUACGGAUGCUAAUGCUGUUGGACUGAUCCGCGGUCGGAUCUUUUCUUCCCUUUUUCCCUAGAAUCCGGGCCGAAUGAUGUCACAAGCUACUUCCCAGGAUUCGUCGACCCGACUGGACGAGGAAGCCGAAGACUCUUCCAGCACACGAGGGAGACGCAACGUCCUGCUCACCCCGCAUCGCGCAGGACGAACAGCACCGGCACCGUUCAAGCCCGCGACCCGAGAACGCAGCUCGUCGAUCCCUUCUUCGACCGAACGACCGGCCCCACCAACCGAAUUGCUCAACGUCUCCGAGAUGGGUCUUCCAGCACCGCGGCUGUCGAGUUCCGAGAUGCAGAGCCGGUAUCGAUUUGCUUUUGCGCAGGGGACCAAGACCGUUGAGAUGGUCGCGAUGGAGAGGGAGGCCGAUGAGAUGGACCUUGGGCCGCAAGCUUCGAGUGUUCGCGUCUCGGGGCGGAGAGCGUCCAUCUCGUCCUUGACGACACCCUCCUUGAUACGGAUGCCUCGACCCUUGUUGUUGGCUGGUUCAUCCUCGAGCGCAGCGGCACCGCUACUGAGCGCCCGAGGCGUGCACACGACGACGAAAUCCUCCCCCUCGAGUCGGCCAACUCCUUUCCCUUCGACCUCUCCACCGCUCGCGACCGUCGCUCGGGUACGACGCAACUCGACCUCGGCGAUCGAAUCCUCCUCGCCUUCUCUUCUUGACGCGGCCGAUGCGGCGUUGCAAGUUCCUCCACCCCGUCAGUCCUCGUCACGCCCCCCGGCAUCGAGCCCCAACGAUCCCGCCUCGAUGCUGUUGCGCAAGCGCAGCUCAGGCUUCAAAGACAAGAUGAAGGCCCCGACUAUUGAGACGAUCAGAAACUCAUCCUACCGCAGUCCUGAAGCCGCGAACGACGCUGUUCGUCACUACGUCGCCGUCGAGAGUGCUUACUCGGUCGAAGGCCACAACGCGGCGAUGGAAGCUUUGUUGAGGACGCGCUUACCGAACACGCCCAUCACGACGAUCGUGCAUCUGUACAACCAGUUGUUCGAGCACGAGGCGUUGAGACCGACGAGGAAGUCGUACGAACUCGUGCUCAAGACGUUCUGCACACGCGAUCAAGAGGUGCUCAACAACAUCAGCUUCUUGACGAAGCGCAUCGAACGCAAGAAGGGGGCGACCCUGGCGCGCGGUCCGUACCAUCGCACAUCGAGCUCGGAAGAGUUGUUGAUGAACCCUGCCGAACAAAGGACGCUCGAGACGCUGCAGAAGGAGGACUACCUCUCCCCUGCGCUCGAGAUCUACAAGACCUUGGGCCCGCUCGGCGAUAAGCUCGAGGACGGGGUCAUGAGCGAGUUGAUCGCCGGCGCCGCUCGAAGGGGUCGCAUCGAUUUGGCCUUGACCUUGUUUGGCCGAGUCGAAAGGUCGCCAUUCCAAAAGGCACUUUCGGGGACGUACAUUGCGCUGAUCCAGAUGUUUGGUCGCGAAAAGGACAAGGAGUCGUUGAUGGCCGUGUUCGAGGGUUACCUCCAAGCCCGAGCUACGGGCCAGCUCCGACCUACGAACAGUGUCAUCAAGCGACCGUUCCACCAACAAGUGCCGGUCAAGCACGCCUACUCUACCGCGCCCGAGUUCACGCUCCAGGCCAACUCUGGCUUCUUCAUCGGCGGUGAUGAUGCCGUGUGGCGCAACACGAUCGCGGCGCUUUUCGAGGUCGGCGAUUCGGCCGAAGCGGUGGCCUUGCUCGAACGCAUGCUUUUGGCGCAAAACUCUUCGGAGCCCCUUCCUGCCGGGUACCCCACCACGUUCGCCCCCGCGAUGCUCGCGACGAUCGUGGCCGGGUUCGCUUCGCUCGGUGACGAGAACUCGGCCCGCAAAUGGUUCGAUCAGGCCGGUGCCGUUGCAUCGUCCGGUGUUCCGGUCGAACUCCACGGGAUCGCGUUCCACGCCGCUCUCCGUGCCGAUCUUCCUGCCCUUCUUCGACACAUCUACGCCGCGAGCCUCGAUCGGGCUGGUCCCAACUUCAUGCUCUCCAUCUCGGACUUUGUCACCUUCGUCGACACCCAGAUCGCUUCGUUAUACGCUUCCACAACGUCGGCUGAGGAUGCCCGUGCCGCCAUUGACGCGAUCGUUUCGGCUCGACCCAAGUUCGAGCAAGCGGCCAGGAAAGGGUGGACGCUCGGCAAUCCGCAACGCGAGGUCGCUCUCUCGACCGGUCUCUUGUCGCGCAUCGUCAGUGCUUUCGCUCACUGUGGCGACUGGACCAAUGCCGCGAACACGUUCGUGGAACUGGGUCGCACGAUCCUGCGCGCUCAAGUGAGCAAGGACUCGGUGCGCAGUCCUGAAAAAUGGAUCUUGGUAGGACGCGAGUCGGCUAUGACGGCCUUGGGCUUUGUGCCGCAAGAUGCCAAGGACUGGACUCGCAACGCCGAUGCGCCUCGAUUGCCCAUCGCCGAGGUCACCAAGGUCGUCGCCAUGCUCAAUCGCUUCAGUCUUCAAGCCGGUACGAACGAGACAACCCCUUCGGCUGUUCAGGUCCUCGUCGUUGAAUGCUUCUUGAGCGCCAAGGCCGAGAACAAGGGCGAUGUCGAAGCGCUUAAACUGUCCGGCGAUCAAUGGUACACCAUCAUCGACGCGUUCGCGAGCGUCCAAUCCCAGAUCCGUCGUGGUCUCGAACCAGCUUUCGAGUUCCCCGGUUUCGAACCCAUCAUCGAUGACUUUGCCGCAUCGCAGGUCAAGAUUCCCUCGGCGUUCGCCAACAACUUCCCUGCUUUGGUCGAAUCGCUCUUGGCCGGUGGCAUGCCGAGCGAUCGCGCUCGUGCCGUCUUGGCCGUGCUGGAUCUCAACCUCGCCCAAAGUUUGGAAGCCAAGGAAGCUCCUGCACCCGUCGAGGCUCCCGCCGCUGCUGCUGUCGCCGCCGCCGCCGCUGCCCAAGUCGAAGCCCCCUCGCCGUCUGUCGCUCAGUCCGCUCGAACGUAUGCGGCCGAGCCUGCCCCCGUUGUCAUCCCUACACCUCCCGCGACGCCGCCGCCUCACGUCCUCAAGCACUUGUCCGCGCCUCUGCCGACCGUCAACGCGAUCGACAUCAAUCUCUCGAACCAACUCGACACGCUCAUCUACGGCCACAACUUUGACGAUGCGUUCAAGAUCGCUCUGCAAGCCGCCGACCAAGGGCGCUAUGCCCACCCGGAGGCGCUCGGUCGUCUGCUCGAGGCUUUGGGACGAGCUGGCAAGACCGAAGCGGCUCGACAGACCUACACGCUUGCGUACGCCUCGUUGCCCGCGCUUGCUGCGCAACCGACCGAUCAAUCCAUGGCCUGGUCCGCACUCGAGGAUCAUAUGAUUAUUACCCUCGCCGUCGCGGGUGAACUCGAAGAAGUGGGCCAACAUCGCGAUCGCUUGAUCCAAGCUGGUAGUGCUCCCUCGGCCGAUGGGUAUGCCGCGAUGAUCCUGCAUAUGAAGGAGACGACCAACGACGCUGCAGUUGCGUUGACCUUGUUCGAGGAAUCGCAACGCCUCGGCGUCAAGCCCAACAUCUACCUCUUCAACACGCUCAUUUCAAAGUUGUCGCGCGCUCGAAGGGCCAAGGAUGCGCUCGAGUACUUUGAGCUCAUGAAGUCGCAUGGUCUGAAACCGACGGCGAUCACCUAUGGUGCCAUCAUCAAUGCGUGCUGCAAGACCGGGGACGACGCUUCGGCAGAUUACUUGUUCCAAGAGAUGAUCGCGUCGCCCAACUUCAAGCCCCGUGUACCGCCUUACAACACCAUGAUCCAGUUCUACACCUCGACCAAACCCGAUCGGGCCCGUGCGUUGCACUACUACCGCGCACUGUUGAACGCGAGGGUGCAACCGACCGGACAUACGUACAAGCUCUUGCUCGACUGCUACGGCUCGAUCGACGAGCCCGACUUCGCUUCGAUGGAAGACGUCUUUGCGACUUUGCUUCAGGACCCAGCCGUGAUCGUCACGGGCGCGCAUUGGGCCUCGCUCAUCCACAGCUACGGAUCCGUCGGCAAAGACCUCGACAAGGCCGUCCAAAUCUUUGAUUCGAUCCAAGGUCAUGCCUCGACUUUGCAAUCUCGUUCGGACCUACCCGAUGCGGUCGUAUACGAGGCGUUGUUGAACGCGUUCAUCGCGAAUGGUAGGGCCGAUUUGUGCGAGAAUUAUUUGGUCGAGAUGAAGGAUCGAGGGGUGAAGAUGACGGCUUAUGUCGCGAAUACGUUGAUCAAGGUAAGUUCCUGGGUCUGGGUAUUUGUUCCUUUAUGGCUUUUCUUUUUUUUAACUGAUCAUGAACUGCUUCGGUGGGAACAUUGACAGGGCCACGCCGCUCAGAACAACAUGUCGUCCGCGCGCGCGGUCUUUGACGCGAUGCAAGACCCUCCCGCCGGUUUCGCCGCCUCAGGCAACCACGCCGUCAACCGACACCCCAAACAACAGCAGCAACAGUCGAGUGAUCCCGCGGCGAGUGGCCCCGUGUACCGAGAACCUUCGACGUGGGAGACGAUGAUCAAGGUUGAGUUGGAGGCCGGGGAGGCACCGAGGGCUUUGGGGUUGAUGAAGAGGGUUGAGGAGAGGGCGUUCCCUGAGGCGGGUGAGUUCUCGCAUGUGCUUUGCGUUCACAUUAUUAUUGGAGUAGUUCACUGAUCCGCUUGGAUCCGGUUCUUCGUGUGCGCUCGAUCAGUCGUAGCUAGGAUUCGCAAACACCUCGAUGACGCCGGGCUCGUUUCCUUGGCAUAG